AUAAAUAAAAACAUAUUUAAACACAAAAGUUGAUGGUGUAAUUUCCUGCCACAGCAUAUCAGCAUGCAUGCUCUCUCUCUCUCUCUCUACAAUUUCUCUUCUCCUCCGCCAAUCUGUUUUUCUCCGAAAUCUGAACAAGGAAACACAAUAGCAUUCUCCCUCCGUCAAUUCAUCAAAAUCAAUUGGGGAUAAUUGUAAGAUUCUAGGGUUAUGAACCAGAGUGAUAAUGGGGAUUCCGAUCCCUCCGUCGUUUGCUAUUACCUCAAUCGAAUCAACACCAGAGGUUUACCCUUCGGAGAAAAUCCUCUCGGUUAUUCACUCCCUUCUUUUCUCUUGCAAUUUUCCCUUAUUUCUAUCCUCACUCGUUUCUUUCACUUACUUCUCCGCCCUCUCGGACAGCCCCUCAUCGUCUCCCAGAUUCUUGCUGGUAUAUUAUUAGGGCCGUCAAUGCUGGGCCGAGAUGCGUCGUUCUCGGCAAAAGUGUUUCCGACAAAGUCGAGGCUAGUGCUCGAUACCGUAUCCGUUUUCGGUUUCAUGCUCUUUGUUUUCCUAAUCGGUGUGAAAAUGGACCUGUCCGUUGUUCUGAGAUCCGGUAAAAAGGCAUUGGCCGUGGGCAUUCUAGGUUUCUUCAUACCGCUCGUGCUCGCGAGUUUAGUCGCUUUUCUCCUCGACAAAUUUCUCGCUCUAGACCACGAUAUUGCAAGAGCACUCCCCCACGUAGUGCCUAUGCUGUCGAUGACGGCUUUUCCGGUUAUUACAUGCUUUCUUGACGAGCUCAAGAUUCUCAAUUCCGAGAUCGGCCGUUUAGCCUCUUCUUCUUCGGUUAUCUCCGACGUGUGCCUCUGGUCAAUCAUGUGCGUGCUUUCAUUCGCUGACCUGGCGAGGACGAGUUCGGUGAUAGUGAUCGUGGGGUCGCUCGUGACAUCUGUUCUGUUUUUCACGGUUGUUAUAUUUGUGAUUCGUCCGGCAGCUUUAUGGGUGAUAAGGCACACACCAGAAACGAGACCUGUGAAGGAGAGGUAUAUUUUUAUAGCCCUUGUGGUAUUGAUGGUGAGUGGAUUUGCGGGUGAAGUUAUUGGAAUUCACGCCACUACAGCUUCAUUGGUCCUGGGCUUGAUUGUACCGGACGGGCCCCCCUUGGGUGCGGCCUUGUCUGAGACGCUCGAUUGCUUUGUCUCUUUGUUGCUCUUGCCGAUUUUUUUCGCUGUUUCUGGAUUGAAGGUGGAUGUUUUUUGCAUACAGAAUUGGACAAAUAUUGGAGUUUUGGAGUUGGUCUUUUUUGUUGCGUUUGUGGGGAAGCUUAUCGGUUCGAUGUUGCCUCUUAUUAUUUGUCGGAUGCCGUUUCGGGAUGCUCUUUCUCUGGGGUUGAUUAUGAAUACGAAAGGAAUUGUCGAACUUGCCAUCUUAAAUGAUAUCAAGAACAAGAAAAUCGUGAACGACGAAAUCUACACCAUUAUGAUAGUUUCCCUGGUCGCUACAACUGGAGUAAUUUCCCCAAUAGUAAAGUUCCUUUAUGACCCUUCGAAGAGGUACAUCGCGUACAAGAGACGAACCAUUCUCCACUGCAGAGGCAAUGACGAACUCCGCAUACUCGCAUGCAUACACCACCAAGAAAACGUGCACUCCAUCAUAAGCCUCCUCCAAGCAUCGAACAUCACAAAAGAUUCCCCCAUGGAUUUGGUGGUCCUCCAUCUCGUCAAGCUCAUGGGCCGGGCCUCCUCUCUCCUCGUACCGCACCGACAAAAGGACAAGCCCCCUCGCAACCCCACUCAAUCGGAACGUAUUUUCAAUGCCUUCAAAAAAUUUGAAGAGCAAAAUCCCGGAUUCCUCAACGUGCAUUGCUACAAAGGCAUCGCUCCUUACAUGACAAUGCACAACGACGUGUGCUCGUUGGCUCUAGAGAAGAGGACCAUCCUUAUAAUUCUUCCGUUUCACAAGCAAUGGAGUUCGGGCGAGACGACCGAGUCUUCCCAUGCGCAUAGGCAUCUAAACAAGAGUGUGCUCGAGAAAGCUCCUUGCUCCGUUGGGAUUCUUAUCGACCAUCGAAGCUUCAAAUCUAUGCAUAAGAUGAACGAGCGCUCGACUUUCCGAGUGGUGGUGCUAUUUUUCGGAGGGGCGGACGAUAGGGAGGCGCUAGCGUACGGUCAACGAAUGUCGGACCGGAGUAGCGUGGGGUUGACCGUGGUAAGGUUUGUGAAUUCGGGGCCGACGGCGGAGAUUGUGGCGGGCACGGAGAGGAGCAAGAUGCUCGAUUCGGAUAUUUUGAGAAACUUCAAGAGUAAAACGAAGUACGGUAGUGUGGAGAAAAUAGAGUAUAGGGAGAAAGUUGUGGGUUGCGGGAUGGAUGUGAUUGUGGUGGCGAAAUCGGUGGUGAAUUCUUGUAAUCUUGUUUUGGUGGGGAGAAGGCAUGGUGACUCGACUAUUAUGCUUCAGCUCGGAAAGUGGAACGAGCGCGGUGAUUUGGGGGCGAUUGGGGAAAUUCUUGCCGCGUCGGAAUUAAAAGGGGAGGCUUCGGUUUUGGUGGUGCAGCAGCAGACUAGAUUAUGGGGGUUGAAAGACCCCGAGGAGUCGACACAUUUGCGAAGAAUCAAGUUGUAGGUUUUUUGAAAAAUAAAAUAAAAAAUCGAAUAUUUGA